GUUCAGCCUUCAAAACACAGCGACAACAACAACAACCGAAUCCAGACAAUAUUUAUUUUGUUUUCUAAAAAUGGCUCAGACAUUUCAGCAAGAAUAUAUGCAGAUGCCGCCAAUGACUCGGACAUACACGACGGCAUGUGUUUUAACAACAUUAGCUGUGCAACUAGAUGUCAUAACACCGUUCCAGAUCUACUUUAAUCCUGAUCUUAUAUUCAGAAAUUAUCAGUUAUGGCGACUGGUCACCAAUUUUCUGUAUUUUGGACCAAUCGGUUUCAACUUCCUAUUCAACCUAAUUUUCACAUACCGGUACUGUCGAAUGUUGGAGGAGGGCUCGUUCCGAGGGAAGACAGCUGAUUUUUUCUUCAUGUUUAUGUUUGGUGGAUUGUUAAUGAUUAUUGUUGCCCUUUUUGUAAAUCUAGUGUUUCUGGGUAGUGCAUUUACAAUUAUGUUAGUGUAUGUGUGGAGUAGACGGAAUCCAUAUGUAAGGAUGAACUUCUUUGGACUCAUGAAUUUCCAAGCGCCAUAUCUGCCCUGGGUUUUACUUGGAUUCUCAUUAUUAUUAGGAAAUUCAGUUAUCGUAGAUUUAAUGGGUAUAGCAGUUGGUCAUAUAUAUUACUUUUUGGAAGAUGUAUUUCCACAACAACCAGGAGGUUUUAAAAUUCUUAGAACUCCAGGAUUUUUAAAAACUAUAUUUGAUGCUCGAGAGGAUGAUCCUAAUUAUAACCCAUUACCCGAGGAGCGGCCUGGGGGGUUUAACUGGGGCGAGGGUCAGGUGGCGGGAGAGAGGGACGAAAGAGAUCAUCAAGAUUGAACACUUACGUACAACUGACGGGAUCUGUGCAUAACUUAUACUAACAGCUUUGUGAUACGGUUUAUGGGAAGAUUGAAAUUUAUUUUUGUUUGGUAAAAAUCAUGCAUGACUUUUGAGAGUUAACAGCGUGAGAGAAAUACAGAAUUUCAGACAAACUGUAGCUUUGUUGCCACAGUUUGAGACAGUAACUGUUAGAACUUGAAAUGUGCCAAUGCUUUCUGUGAGUUACAAAGCAUUCUGGGUAAUAAGUACAGUGCUUCCAUGGCGGCGGAGCUGUUGUUAAAGACAUGUUUGAGCCUGAAGACAACUGUUAUAGUUGUAACAACUGUGAAUAAAAUUAUUUUUGAAUUUAUAGUUCAGUUUUAACUGCUUAAUCAUUAUGCUUUUAAUUCAUAAACUUGUGCAACAUUA